AUGUUUGCCACCAACUUGGAGAGCUCGGCUCUCAACCGAGCAGCUUUGGAUGAAUUCGUCACCCACCGAGUCACCCGUGAGAUGGUGACCUACCUGGCCCAGCAGGCCUCUCUGGUCAUCCGAUGCGAGCCCCAUGUGACCAACACCGUCAACCAGCAUGGCCAACCCACCCCUCCAUCCACCCCUCCGGUGGACCCAAUGGACUCGAUGCCACCGCUUCCCCCUACCGAAGCGUUCAUUGCUUCCCUCAUCACCCGGUCCCAGGUGCAGGUGCCCACCCUCAUGAGCUCGCUCGUGUACCUCGGUCGCCUGCGUGCUCGGCUCCCUCCCGUCGCGAAGGGCAUGCGAUGUACUGUCCAUCGUAUCUUCCUUGCCUCUCUUAUCCUUGCCGCCAAGAACCUGAAUGAUUCGAGCCCCAAAAACAAGCACUGGGCGCGUUACACCGCCGUCAAGGGCUAUGAAGGCUUCGGGUUCUCCCUCCCAGAGGUCAACUUGAUGGAGCGUCAGCUGCUCUUCCUCCUGGACUGGGACACCCGUGUGACCGAGGAGGAUCUCCUGGUUCAUCUGGAGCCCUUCCUGUCUCCUAUCCGCCAGCGGAUGGAGGCCCGGGAACAGGAGCGGAAGGCCGAGGCCGAGCUUCAGCGCAAGCAACAACAACAUCGUGAAUGGCGUCGACUUCACGCAUCUGCGGAUCUGCUGGCCAGCCGCCUUCGUCGUCAGAAACUGGAAAGCCGAGCCAACAACCGCCAUGCCGUUGACAACUCGCUCCGUCGCCUUCCUAGCCAUGUGUCUUGCCCCGGCAUUCACAGCAACAACACUUCUCCCCCAGUCACUGCCGACAGCGACCGGUACGCCCCUUACAACCGUCAGCGAGCCUCUCCCCACCGACCUACCCGGUCUAUCUCACCCCCUUCUAUCCGUGACGUCCCCGGCUUGUCUCAUGCCGAGACCUUCAACUCGCUCUGCUCUCGCUCAUCGAGCGUCGCUCCCAGCUCUCGUGGCACGCCCGCGAGCAUCAGCACUUGCUCCUCCCAUGGAAACGACGAUGUCAUGGUGACGGACCCAAGCACCAGCCCAUCGGUUUCCUCCCUGAACUACAGCUACGUCAACGUCGGCGCUCUUGAUGUCAAGCAGCCUCUUGAGCCUAUCCGUCAGCCUAGCAAGAAGGUCAAGGUGCAUAACCACUCGACUAGCGGCUUCGUCGCCCGCUUCAUCGCUUCCGCCACUGGCUCCUAUAUGGGUGUUCGUAUGAGCCGCCCUCACGCUUGA